AUGGCAGACGUCGUUGUAGCGUUGGAACAACCCAGCAGGAUCAAGAAAGGCCUUCAAAAUGAUGCCAGUGUCGCAUUUCUUGCCGGGGGGUUGGCAGGUGCAGUAUCACGUACUGUAGUCUCGCCUUUCGAACGUGUUAAAAUUCUGCUGCAGGUACAAAGUUCAUCAGAAUCAUAUUCUGGUGGUGUUUCCUCUGCCGUUAAACAAUUGUACAAAGAGGAAGGUGUUAAGGGUCUUUUUCGUGGUAAUGGACUCAAUUGUAUAAGAGUGUUCCCCUACAGUGCUGUCCAGUUUUUAGUGUAUGAAGGUUCCAAAAAUUUCAUAUUCCAUGUGGACGGUGUCAACGGUAAUGGAAGGUUGACAACUUUCCAAAGGUUAUUCUCAGGUGCCCUUUGUGGUGGUGCAAGUGUUAUGGCUACAUAUCCCCUUGAUCUGGUGAGAACAAGAUUAGCAAUUCAAACCGCUAAUUUACGUAAACUACAGAAGGCAAAAGCUACAUCAAUGGCUAAACCGCCAGGCGUUUGGCAGCUAUUGCGCAAUACUUAUUUACAAGAAGGUGGUAUCAAAGGUCUUUACAGAGGUGUUUGGCCUACUUCAUUGGGUGUAGUGCCAUAUGUUGCACUGAAUUUCUGCGUUUACGAACAGCUGAGAGAACUGGUUCCUUCGCAGAGCGCUUACAUGUUAGCAAUUGGUGCGCUUAGUGGUGGUAUUGCACAAACUGCCACAUAUCCAUUCGAUUUACUACGCCGCAGAUUUCAAGUGCUGGCUAUGGGUCAAAGUGAGCUCGGAUUCCAUUAUUCGGGCGUCGCGGAUGCGCUUAUUACUAUCGGUAAGACAGAAGGUUUGAGAGGCUACUAUAGGGGCCUUCAGGCUAAUUUGUUCAAAGUAAUCCCUUCCACAGCGGUUAGUUGGCUUGUAUAUGAAUUGACAAGAGAUUUUAUUAAGGCUCUUUGA